UUUUAUUUAUCCUAUUUCUAAUGACAUGCAAAAAGCAUAACCGCGUGUUUUGUUUGUUUACGACUGCCACUCACAAGCAGGAACUGCUGGGCAUUGAAAAUUGACGAUAAAACCCAGCUUGGGAAGAUUUUCUUGGAUAGAGUGUCACUAAAGGAGUCAAGAGAUGAAGCUGCGAAGCAAAGAAGUAAAAACACCCAUUCAAAAGCCGCUGUGCAGACUGUGCGAGUGUCCGACGUCGGACGGCCACGUCCUCGCGUCGCAGGUGGACAGGAUCAAGCUGAGGAAAUGGGCCAUGAAGGUUAUGAACCUGACGGAAGGAGACGAAAACUUGCCGGAAGUGGUCGAAGAAGACGCUUUGAUCUGCUAUUUUUGCAUCUGGCAGGCAGAGUUCGGGGAUGAGUCUGGAGACGAGGCUGUGGCUUGGUGGCCAAAAAAUCUUGAUUUGGAGGAAAACGCUAAGGUUCUUAGGGAGAAUUAUUCAGUUGGAGAAGUAGAGCAGUGUUGGGUGCAGUUGGAAGAGGUUGAUCUCACCAAAUAUGAAAAAGAAAUCCCUAAGAAGAGUAAAUUCGACAUUGAUCUGGCCGAGUACGAAAAGGAUAUCCCUACGAACAGGAAAUACGGCAGUGGAAUGUGUUUUUACUGCGGCAAGAGAUUCAACGAUCUUAGGCAGCACAUCAAACUGAUGCACAAAGAAGCCAUCAAAUGCGGAAUUCGGAGCUGCGGGACUUACUUUCACACCGAGGAGGAAAAAGAGCAGCACAUGCAGCAGGUUUCACAUGAGAAACGAAACAAACAAAACACGAAAAUUCGUUGCAAAUAUUGUGAAAUCGGCAAAUUGCAUUCCUCAGUUCGUUCGUGGAGGCAGCACAUGAAACACCUCCAUCCAGAACUUCCAGAGGCGUGCGCGCGUAAAGGCUGCAAUGAGUAUUUCAAAUCCAAGUCCGAGAAGAUUCAGCACGUCAACUCGAAGCACAAACGAGGCAUAAGUCAAGAUGUUUACCAAUGCAAGCAUUGCGAUUAUUUCACCACAAUGAAGCACUUGUUGAAACAACACAAAGAGUCCACGCACAUGCCAAAAAUCUUCAAAUGCGACAGUUGCGACGCCAAAUUCGGCUCGAAAGUGUUAGUGAGUCAGCACCAUAAACGUCAUCACACGUUCGAAAACUGCAAAUCUUGUGGCCAGAACUUGACUAACGAUCGCAUGAAAAACCACAGAAAACCAUCGUUUUGCUCCAGAUGCAAAGUCAGUUUCAAGUGCUCGGGUUUGUACCAAUUGCAUAGGGAGAGCUGCAAAAAAACUGUCAAGUUAUUCAGUUGCAAAGAGUGUGAAAAAUCUUUCAACACGUACAGAAAGUUGUAUCACCACAGAAAGGUUCACACCAAAAGGAUCGCUGUUCGCUGCCAACAUUGCGACUUUUCAACAUUUCACAAGGAAUACAUGGUGCAGCACAUGCAAGGCAAACAUUUACCAAAGACGAUUAAGUGUAACGAGUGCAACAUAUUGUUUGCUUCUGAACGUAUUCUCAAGCUUCACAAGAACGGGUCGCACAGAUUCCUCCGCUGCUCUGAGUGUGCUCAGGAGAUAGGCCGUCAAAAGUUGUAUAGUCACCAGCAAGCCAAGACUUGCCACCGCUGUGAGUGCAAGUUCAAGUGCCGCGGACUUCUUGAGAAUCAUUUUAAGAGCUGUCUCCAGAUCAUUAGCAAUGAUUUCUUUUGUGACAUGUGCCCGAGAUUUUAUAGGACAAAGGCUAUUUUGUAUCAUCAUAUUGUCAAGAAGCACAUUGGUGUAUAAGUCAGCGGGGUCUAGAUUCAUGCGACGCGCAGAUAUAUAUGGCGUCUGGUGGAGUAUGGCGCGAAAAAACGGUCACGUGAAAAAAAAGCAAAUUUUGGUUAAUAUUGUGACAUUUAAUUUGCAUUACUCUUAACUAAUUGUGUCUUUUGGGCCGUAAAAACAAACUCUUGACACUGGUACGGCAAUCCAAAGAGAGCUUUUUAUAUCCCACAUUCAGACGCCAUCUUGGAGCUGCGCAGUGCAAACCAAUUUUAUCGCACAUCUGGCUCCCGCUGGUAUAAAAAAUUUCAUUUUAAACUCUAGAGGUCUGAUUGCAAAAUUUUCUUUUGUUAAUUGAAAUUUUGUCAAAAUAAAAAUAAUUUAAUGGUCUUA